AUGGCUGACACGACCAUUGACCCAAGACGGCUUCUCUCCACAUUACAAAAAGCUUCUGCGCUGAGAAAAGUCGAAGAAGCUCUUUGCAACAAGCAUGCUAUGGGAAGACGGAAAGCACAAACUUUGGUCUUCACUUCAAACGCUCAGUCCAGAAAGAUUAGGAAGAGCAUUCCACCACUCGUGCCGAUGCCGACAGCAAUACCUCAAGUGCAAACGGCUCAAAUCUCUCUAUCGGGAGCCGACGAAGGACGGUCGAUGGAAUCAUGGGAGAUUCCCAGAAUUUAUUCAUCACAAAGUCCUGAAUAUGGAUACGAUUUCUUCAGUGGAUUGAGGCUACCAUCUGGGACAGAAAUAUCAGUAGAAAGAGAUGAAAACUGUACCGAUAUCAAGCUUUCAGAAUCUUGUUCGGAUCAUAAUCAGUGGUGUGACGGGUAUCAAUUCUCGGUUCCGUCCUGCCCUUGUUGCCGAGCUUUGAAACGCAAAUCAACAUCACCAGAAGCUCCCCAAUUAUGCCAGCUGCAUGAUAGCAAGAGAAAGAGAUCUUGCAAGCUAGACGACCAUAUGAAUUUGAGAUGCGACUGCAGCAUACCACAGCCUUCUAGAUAUCUAGAAUAUUUGUCAGGGCUCUCUCAAACUCAUGGAAUUACAACCAAAACAAUGCCAAGUAACGGCACGAGUCUACAUGGGCAACCUGAUUUGGCUUUUCUUAAAGCCACUUUCCCACCCCUUUCCGAUGAGAGCUUCAUUACCACCGUUUCAUCUUCUGGUUCUAUUGCUACCGACCCGAUUGUACCAGCGCCGUUUGAGCCAGCAAACAAUGGGGUAGAAAUCUUUGCAAGUCCGAGUAUACCCCUUUCAGAUCGCUGCGAUGUUUCCUCCUCCGUGGAUCUUGAGAUAGACCAGGAGGCAUUUGCAAGGGCUUUGCAAAAGACCCCAGACGGUGACUCAGACGAGGAUUUCUGGAAUCAAUUUUGGAGUUCAGUAGACGUUUUUCAAGCCACGACCCUUCCACAAUUAGUUCCCUUGCCAUUAUUGAGCUACGAAUCUUCUGGUUCCCAGCCGCGGAACGCGAUCUCCUUGCCAUCGCAUUCACCAGAACAAGGGUCGCCGAGUUCGACCUCAACCAAGUUGAGCCCGGCAUCAAUCACACCAGCUACACCCGGGUUGGUCGACUCCCUGCACCGAUCAGCAGCGAAACCGCACAAGAAGUCCACCAGCGAAGAGCCGCGCUACCCAUGUCAACACUGCGACAGAUAUUGUGGUAAGAGGGCAUUCAAGCGCAAGGACCACUUAAACCAGCAUUUGCGGAGAGUGCACUCUUUGAGCCAGGAGGAUUUGGUGCCUGGCUUUUGCCCACACAGGAAUUGCAGCUUCGCCGAAGGCCCAAUGAGUAGUGUUCGAGCAUUUUCGAAGUUUAGUCACUAUACGAAACAUCUUAGGGAGGUGCAUGGAGAGAGUCUAUUCGACUGUUCUGUUCCCAACUGUAGAAGAAAGGGAGUAAAUGGCUACUCUGGACAUGCGAAUCUGCUCAGACAUAUGAGGGAAAAGCAUCCUGAGAUCAUUUCCAAUGUCAGCGUGAAUCAUGAAUAUCCUUUAGAAUGUCUACCAGAAUAAUAGCCAAGAUUGAAGCGCG